AUGAUGAGACAAAACCAGCAACAAGCUAGAACAAGAAUAAGACAACAGAAGCUUAAAAUCACCUUUCUUGGUUAUGUGGUUGUUUUAAUCUUUUUCAGCAUUUUACAAUUUUUAGGUAUUGGAUUCUUCACACAGGGUUUCUUAUUGUCAAGACAGGUCUUGCCCAACAUUGCUGAAUGUGAAGAAGGCUCCAAUGGCUUCGGGGCUUGUAUGAAGCCGGCAAAAUUCGAUAAAGCGGUAUUUCUAAUCAUCGAUGCUUUAAGGUUUGAUUUUGUUAUACCGGUUAAUGAAAAUGAAAAUCCAAAUCCCUAUUAUCAUAAUAAUUUCCCAAUACUAUAUGAUUUAGUUCAGAAACACCCGGAUAACGGUGUUUUAUUAAAGUUUAUGUCUGAUCCUCCAACUACCACUUUACAAAGAUUGAAAGGUUUGACCACUGGUACUUUACCCACUUUCAUCGAUGCAGGCUCAAAUUUCAAUGGGGAUGCACUAGAAGAAGACAAUUGGUUACUUCAAUUACAUAGACAUAAUAAAAGUGUGGCAUUUAUGGGAGAUGAUACUUGGAAAGCCAUGUUUAGUGAUUUCAUAAACCCUGAAUUAAAUUUUCCCUAUGACUCUUUGAAUGUUUGGGAUUUACAUACAGUUGAUAAUGGGGUACUUGAUCAUUUAUACCCCCUUCUACAUAAGGAUAAUUCAAGCAAUUGGGACGUCUUGAUAGGUCAUUUCUUAGGAGUCGAUCAUGCAGGUCAUAGGUAUGGACCUAAUCAUCAUGCAAUGAAAGAUAAAUUACAACAAAUGAAUCAAGUGAUAGCUGAUGUUAUCAAUAAGAUCGAUGAUAAAACAUUAUUGGUCGUUAUGGGAGAUCACGGUAUGGACUCUACUGGGAACCAUGGUGGUGAUUCAUUAGACGAGUUGGAAAGUACCUUAUUCAUGUACUCCAAGAAUAAAAAAUUUCAUAUCAAUAAGAAAUCUUCCGAUUUUUAUAAUACCAGUGACCUUGGCAAACAUCAUAGAUCUGUAAAUCAAAUUGAUUUAGUCCCUACCAUAUCUUUACUAUUAGGAUUACCAAUCCCCCAUAAUAACUUGGGAUUUCCCAUCGAUGAAGUCUUUGGCAAUGACAAAGAUUUAUCACUUGCAAGUCAUAAGACUGUACAACAAAUUCAAAAUUAUAGAAACUUGUAUCCAGAAUUAGCUAAAACUGAACUAUCAGAGAAAUUCCAGUAUUUUAUCACAAACUAUUCUCAAUUCAGUAAUAACAAAAAAUACUUUCCAGAGAUUAUAAGACAAGCUAAGGAUUACCAGUCGGAAUCUUUAGAACAUUGCAAAAGCUUGUGGGCUCGUUUUGAUAUGGUUUCAAUUGGAAUAGGUAUCACUACUCUUCUCCUUUCAUUAUCUUUUAUCAUAACUUAUUCGAGAUCUAUUCCUUCAGUUAGGGUCCUGACCAUGUCUUUCGAGUUUAUUGGAUCCGUGAUUGCUAUGACUUUAUUAGGAUUAGUAUCAAGUUUCUCUGUCUUUAUUGUUUUAAAACCAAUUGGAUUCACUAUAAAAACUUGUUUGGGUAUUGGAACUGCAUUGGGAAUAACAAUUGGUUUUUGGGCUCCAAUUAUGGAUAGAUUUAGCGUUAAUUGGUUAGGCCACCAAUUGUUCGAUUUUUUAAUUUAUAAUUUCAAUAGUUGGUCAUUUAUGGGUUUAAUAUUUGUUGUUUUACACUGUUUGGUUUUUGCAUCCAACUCGUAUGUUGUUUGGGAGGAUAAAAUGGUUCUGUUUUUCAUAACUACUUUUGGUUUUUGCUGUUUAUACGGCUGUCUCAUUAACACUACCAAAUCCAAGCCUGAAAAAGUUUUAGGUAUUACUCAUGCUAUUACCUUCAUAAUCCUAUCAAGAUUAACAUCAAUGAUAAAUUUAUGCCGUGAAGAGCAAAGACCUUAUUGUACUCCUACAUUUACCACAUCCUGGUGGUCAAUCAUCUUGUUGCAUAUGAUGGCCUAUAUCUUGCCUGUUGUUAUAAGAUCAUUUUAUCAUCUUUCAAAUUCCUAUCAUUCCGCCGCACCUUUAUGGAUAGGGACCGGACUUAAGUUUCUUAUGUUUAUGAAUGCUGUCUAUUGGACUUUCGAAUAUGUUGAGAAUAGUGACUAUUUCCUGACUUUGAAUUUGGGCUUGAGCUUUUCAGUAAUGAAGUCCUUGAAGUUGGCAAUUGCUAGGAUUGUUCUAUUUGUUGCAUUAGUUUUGGCUAAUUAUAGUUGGUCAAGAGGGCCAAUGUGUGUUAAACUAGAGCUUGCUGAAGGUGCUUCACCGGUGGCUAGCGAAUCUUCAGAAUCUUCGGAAGAGCAAGAAAUCUCUGAUCAAUCAAAUCAAUCUAAAUCACAAGGGACUGCCUCCAUUUUGGGUUACCAAAAUGUUUAUGGCUCGUCUUACUUUUUGUUAGUUAUUAAUUUCACAAGUGCAAUCAUGCUUGUUACAAAGCCUUUAGGUGCCAUUUCCCUCAAUAUGUUGAUUAUACAAAUCUUGUCAUUAUUAGAAUUAUAUGACCUUCUUGAUAUAAGAAAGAACUUAGUUGCUCCUAUAAUGUUUGGUUUAUUAGGGUACCAACACUUUUUCAGUACUGGCCAUCAGGCCACCAUUCCCUCUGUUCAGUGGGAGAUCGGAUUCAUGACCACAGAAAAUAUAACAUUACCAUUCACUCAUCUUAACAUUGCCUUGAACACAUUUGGAUCAUUUAUCAUUGUGUGUUUGGCAAUCCCUUUAAUAACGUUAUGGAAAAUCUCACCUUCAAAUAAACCAAUAACUGCUUUAUCCCAAAUAAUUACCAAUAUCACCACAUUACUUAGUUAUCAGACAUUCACAUCUACAUCUAGUUUUAUUUUUGCAGCCCAUUUCAGGAGACAUUUAAUGGUCUGGAAAAUUUUUGCUCCAAGAUUUAUGCUCAGUGGCUUGCUUUUGAUACUAUUCAAUGUCACCUUGGUUUUUGUCACUUUGUGGUUUGGUACCACUAGAGUGCUAUCCCAAGUUAAUAGAAUAUUUGGCAAAUAG